AUGAGGUCAACAACACUGUUCGCCUUGGCGGCUUCGCUUCUGUCCGUCGAUGGGCUGGUACUCAGGAAGAGUGAGGGCAAUGCGCCAAAAGUUGUGGGUUUGGAUCUGCACAGAGCAACGAUACCAUACACCCGCAACAGAAAGGAUAUGCUGCGGAAGAGGGGUUCUGUACAAGCCGCUCUGAGCAACUUGGAAACAUUGUACUUUGUCAAUGGCUCCGUCGGAACACCAGCACAACCCAUGAGGCUGCACAUCGACACGGGGAGCAGUGAUCUCUGGGUCAACACUGCCAGCUCGGCUCUUUGCAGAAGCCAGGGUUCGCCGUGUUCCGUGUCCGGCACCUAUUCAGCCAACGCUUCGUCAACCUACAACUACGUCGGAAGCUGGUUCAACAUUUCAUACGUCGACGGGUCGGGAGCGACAGGAGACUACGUGACGGACAAAUUCACCAUCGGCGGGUCGACUUUGAACGACUUCCAGUUUGGUGUUGGCUACACGAGCUCUUCACCUCAGGCUAUUCUGGGCGUGGGCUACAAGGUCAACGAAGUACAGGUCGGACGCGCCGGUAUGGAACCUUAUGACAACCUACCUGCGAAAAUGGUGGCCCAGGGGCUUAUCCAGUCAAACGCCUUCAGCUUGUGGCUGAACGAUCUGGAUGCUAGUAGGGGGAGCAUCCUCUUUGGAGGAGUCGACACGAAGCAUUACAAGGGCGAGCUGAUGACGUUGCCCAUUCAAAAGCAGUCCGGCACCUUCACUGAGUUCCUUAUUACGUUGACCAAGGUGACACUUGGCUCAAAGACUUUGGAAGAAAACAUGGCUCUGGCAGUGCUGCUCGAUUCGGGCUCUUCUCUCACCUAUCUCCCCGACGACAUGGUAACGACCAUUUACUCCAUGGUUGGCGCCGUUUACCAGCAAGAAGAGGGCGUCGCCUUCAUCCCCUGCAAUACAGCCAACUCUGGCGCCAACAUGACAUUCUCCUUUUCGGAAGCUGUUAUCACGGUGCCCAUGAACGAGCUGGUCCUUGAUCUCAUUGCCAUCACAGGCAAGCGUACUUCGUUUUCCAACGGUGUGGACGCCUGCCUCUUCGGCAUUGCACCAGCCGGCGACGGCACCAACGUCCUCGGCGACACGUUUCUGCGCUCCGCCUAUGUCGUCUACGACAUUGACAACAACGAAAUCUCCUUGGCGCCGACAGAAUUCAACGCCACGAGCUCCAACGUCCUCGAGAUCGGCAAGGGCAAAGGAUCCGUACCGUCUGCCGUUGCCGUCGCGAACCCUGUAGCUGCCACCGCCGGUCUCGUGCGGGGAGGAGGAGGAUUAUUGGGCGGAUCAGGCUCGGAAAACGGGGCACCUUCAAUGGCGCCAUUGGCGGCGUCAUUGCUUGCGGGUUCCGUCGCGUUUGCGGCUGGUCUCUCUCUUUACGUCAUCUAA